AUGAAAGUCUUUAAAGCGUCUGCUCAGUGCUUGUGGCCGAUCCUUGCUCGUGUUAACCACCCCGUUGUUGGGCAGCCCUUUGUCGUUGGAGUGUUCUGCGGUUUUGGUAAGCCCGAACCGUUGGAAGACUUUCUGGGCGAUUGUGUUAGUGAACUGAAGGGCCUUCUCACCACGGGCCUGCGCGAUCCACGUACAGAAAGUGUCAUCAAAGUGCAUUUGCUCAAUGUGAUUUGCGACACCCCAGCCCGCUGUUAUGUACGACAAGUGAAGGCCCACAAUGGCUACUAUGGAUGCGACAGGUACGCUAUUUUGUAUUUACAAUCGUAACUGCUGUAGAUGCUGUCACAAAGGGAAACAUAUUGCGAAUCGCAUGACAUUUCCGCAGUACAGUGGCCGUCUGCGUGAUGACAGGUCGUUUAGGUUGCGAAGUCAGGGACCGCAUCAUAAGGGCAGAUCUCCCUUCGAGGAUUUGCCCAUCGACAUGGUUUCCUGUUUCCUAAUUGACUACAUGCACCAAGUCUGCCUCGGUGUUAUGCGAAAAUUGUUGCAUACUUGGCGACUUAGUUUUGGUUGCAACUCUGUGUCAUUAAACGCAUCUAUUAAGCUAUGCAGCCACUGUUUACCGACAGAGUUUUCACGCAAUUGUAGAACACUUGAUUUCCUGGAGUUUUGGAAGGCUGCCGAAUAUCGGCAAUUCCUCCCGUACAUAGGCCCCGUUGUUUUGUCCCCGUAUUUAGACGGACCCCGUUAUAAUCAAUUUUUACAGUUUUCCGUGGCAGUGUACAUAUUUUGCCACCCAACCUUGCAUAUAUCCCGUGGUGAUUAUGGCCGCCAACUUUAGUAUAAUUUUGUCUAUAAUUUUUCCACAUUUUAUAAGCCAUCUGAUCUUGUUUACAAUGUCCAUUCUCUACUCCACUUGCACGCUGACGUCGUUCGGUUUGGGGUGCUGAAUAAUUUUUCAGCAUUUCCAUUUGAGUCUUUUUUACGACACGUUCGUGGUAGCAUAAAAGGGCCCACUAACAUAGCCGCACAAGUGUACAGGCGUUUUUCGGAAAGACGCUUGUCUGAACAGUCUACACGUUCUAUGCUGUUGGACGACGAUGAGGGAGUGCAACGGCCCUUUAAACUGCCCCGUCAAUCAACGGCUAUCUUUCACAAGGGAUAUGUCUUUUCCACUGAGCCACCCGACAAUGUCGUACUCAUCGGACAUAGACCCUGUGCACUGACAUCACUGUCGGGUAACAGCAUAGUUUACUGCCCUUUCCGCGACUGUCAGGAUCUUUUUGUAACGUCCCUUCAUUCUUCUUCCAUAUACAUUUUUAAAGCCACCGUUUUAUCAGAUACUCCGAUAACUGGCAUACUCUCCGACAUUAUUUGCAAGUACGUGUCCUUUAAAAACAACAACAACAACAACAACCAGUAUUACCUUAUCCCCCUCCUUCACACAACUACAUUCCCGUGAUUUAUAUUCCACUGUCUGCUUUUUUACAGAUGUAUUUCUGCAUUUUACGACUUACGAUGUAACAUUUGCUACAGAUGUAUUACGUGGUUAAAUUUUUCAACGACAAAUCUGCGGCGGAAGUGGCCGAAGCCUGGUUCUACAACCCGGGCAGCGUACUAUGGCCUAAAAAGCACAGGCAGCGCAGCAUUUUGCUGGAGAACAACCAGCGGCCACCGGAUGGUACUAAGGCGUACGCCGUCAAGGUACUAAAAAAUGGCCUAACGCUGGAAAAAGCUCGACAGGCGGCGCAGAGAGCACAGAAUACUGACAAUCUCUCCAGUUCCGAGCCGCGCCAGUUGGGUAGGGGCAAGAGGACCAGAUGUGCUACCAUGUUAUAUACAAUUAAUUUUCCUUUGCAGACAUAAUCGCAAACUAACCUCAGACUCCGACGACGAGGACUCGCCAAACCAACCGAAAGAGCCAACUGGUUGGCCAGCUCCACCGCCAAUACUACAGUAAGUAUGACUAUUGUAGACAUUUCAUAGGCCAAGAACGGAGGAGAAUGUGCCACACUUGUUUUCCACUGCGUCGAUUGGACCCAGCCAGUCAACACCACUGUCCUCACUUGAGUAGACAACGCUCAUCAUUUAUUACUUUAGACACUCCACGACAAUUUCGUCAUAUGUUUCCGCUGCUACAAUUUCGACGGAAUUUAGCCAGCAGGUGCAAAAGGACAUGGCUGACAUAAAAGGUCAGUUAAUAAACACAAAUGUCCGGCUAGCGGCACUUGAGUAAGGCUGUGAACAAUCUCCCUAACAAACUAUUAGGAGAAGGAACGAUUUCCUAGCUGAGCAACUUAUGGCUCUUCAUAGCAGUGUGCAGCAGAUGCAGGCAACACUAUCAGAUGUUGUCAAUGCAUUGCAAAGAGCCUCCAGCGCCGGUUCUGUCACAUCCUCCUCCCUAAAUUUACCGCUGUGUACCGAGGAGGCAUACGAAAACUUUCUUCGUCGGCUCAGCGUAGAAGACGGUUUUGCAAACGAGGCGGUAUGUGCGCAUCUACUUGACUGUUUUCAGAUCCGGCAACUGGUCAUGGUAGGUGGUCGAAAUGAGGCAGACUUCCUCAGAAACCUACUGACGGUUCUAUUGGGCCCGCCCUUAUGCCACAACUUCUGUUGGGCGGGCGGAUCCAAGGAGAAGAAGUCCUUCAUGGCCUGUCCACUUUUUUCUGUCCUUAAAGGUAAGUCCAAUUUUUGUUUAUUUUCACGCGCAGAUGCAAUUGCCCAACAUCCCCGUUUCGACAACUGCACUACAGAGAUAUUUCGACGGACAGCAAUCAGGUGGAAGUGGAAGUGACUUCUCAUCCUGGAUACGAAGGUCGCUGAAACCCCCAUGAUCCAAGGCAGACUUUGUACAUUUACAUUUUUUGACUUACGUAUUCAAUAAAUCGUCCCUCCACAAUACCGCCUUCCGACUUUACCAUUUCGGUAUCCACAUUUGCCCUGUAGUGGGCCACUUACCGCCGUAGCCUAUCUUGUUUGGGACGUGGAGGUUCGCGUGACUCGUUUCGGGGUUUUACGUUAGGCGACCGUUCGUCAUGGUUGGCGUUUACGGCCAAAAAAUCGAGGCCGCGAUGAAUGGAAAAAAACGAGAAAAAGUCCGCGCGCAAAAUUUUUUCCAAGGUGUGGCCAAGUGUGGCCAAUGUGUUGAUGGCCAGACCAUAGCCACACCAUUUGGCCACACCUGGCCGCAGCAUAGCCGCACUUGGCCACACCAUAUUUGCCUCGGCCAAGUGCGGCUGGUGGUGGCACGGUAGGGACAAGUCGUCAAAGCUUGUAAAUUCUCUGUUGCCCUUAAGGAUAACAAAAAUCCAAUAAAAAUCCAAAGUAACACGAAGACUAAAUUUCGGUUCAAGCUGUUUCCGCCCAUUUUUACUGCAGAAACAGAACUGGCAGUAAACAGACUUCCAGACAUCGGGUCCAGUACGGUCUCUAAUCCUGUUCCUUCUCACUGGCGAUUAUCUGGAGGCUCCUAAUCGGUCCAAAAUCAAAUCUCCCUGUCAGGGUUCCUGUAAUUGUUCUCCUUCCUCUAAUCUCAGUAGAAGUGGACAGUCCUAGGCAUUCACAGGCCUUGCCCAUUCAUCUUCGGCUAACUACUUGGAGACAGUAGAAAACACUUUCCACCCAACUUACUGACAGGUAGUGGGUACAUGUGUCUUUAUAAAUCAAUUCUGUUUUAUUAUUCUUGUUGACCUUAAAGAAGACAUUUAACAGUUUAUGUUGUCUCCGUGCUCUGAAUGGCAUCCUGCUGUCCUUUGGUCCAGUUUUAUUAAACACUUGUGUUCUGUGUAUUUUAAUAUUCUUUUCCAGUCGUUACGCUGCCCAUGUUAAUAAUAAUUUUUAUACGAAACCCGUGGCGUCCUUUUAUAACAAGUAAGAAUAACUUUUACAUUACUUUUAGAAUUUUAGACGAGGUAUACAGAAUUUAUACAAUACUUUAUUCGUAGUUAUUGAAUAAGUAGUAUGUCACCAAGUGUUUAGCGAGCAGUGGAAAAAACUCCUAACACAAACAAAAUGAGUAUGACUGAAUUAGCACUAUAGAGCAAAAAACUUUCGAUCCUUAAAAUAUAAAAAUCAGACAGGACCGUCCUGUAGAUGGCAUUGUAUAACGGAUUUCAUGAAGAGGUAAGUAGGCGGGUCAGGCAGGACUGGCUUGUAUGUGGUAUUGAGUAAAAGGUUCGAAACGAGCAUCAUCAAGGCAGAAUUCAUAUGCCGGGCGAGACCAUUCAUGUCAAAGUGGUGAACAGAAAACCAGUCUCGAGGCGAUAGGAACCCAGAUGCGAUAGGUUACAUUCAGCCGAGUCCAGCUGAGGAGGGGGCAGGGCAGAUACGACCAGACUACUGAUAUAUGGCAAAUACAGAAGGUUCCGCCAAGAGCGUCGAUAGAGCGCAUUCUGUGAGAAGCACGAUGCAAGAACGGAAAAAUCGAAAAAAUUAACAUUCCUUAUGAGGGGUCCUAGGAAGCGAUACGACUCACAAAAGAGGGAAAUGUGAGCAGAUACGGAAAGUUAAUGGCGGAAUCCUAAAUUCCCGGUGGUCCUUUCUCAAUGUCAUAGAGAAAGUUGUCCGAGAAGGAUGAGGAAAAUAAAGGUUUAAUGGAGCCAGUAUUUAGAUAAAGGCGUAGCCUUCUCUUAAAAGUGUGCAGAUUAUCUGAAGAUCUUAUAUUUAUUGGUAGGUUAUUCCGGAGGACGGUAUACCUGGAAGCGAAAAAAGAACACUUAUAAGUGGAGAAAGCGGGGGGAGGCAUAAUCAGGGAAGAGUUGCGAAGAUUGUUUGGGUGACUACUCGGGGUAAGUGCUUAAAUCCGAGGAAGAUUUGAGCUAUUAUUAAUGCGAAAGAGGAGACAGAGGCCUGCUUCUAGUCUUCGAACCCAUAAAAAUUUUAGGUUAGUUAGCUGGCACCUAUCUGAGUAGGAGAUAUUUGGAUGUUCCCUGCCUAAAAGAUUUUUUAGAAAAACGUCUUUGGACAUUUUCAACUUUAAAACGACUAGCUUCAUUCAUCAAGCCAAAGAAUGGGCAACAAUAUUCGAGAAUGUGAAGUACAAACAUACGAUAGAUUGUAAGUUAAUUUCAGGAAGAUAGAAAUUGUAAGAAAUAAAGCCACAUAGCUGGGCAGCUUAGGCUGUAAUUCUGUCAGCGUGUGGCGAGAGAUCAAGAUUAUUAGUGUAGCUUAAACCUAAAUCCUCGAUGGUGGUACAUUCAGUCAUUGGUGUGCCUUGAAAGACCACUGGAUGGGGUAACCUAUCAGGUCCAAAACACAUACAAGGACAUUCAGACGGAGAGAAUUCCAUUAGCCAUUUUGAGUUCCAAAUUGAGAGAGCAAGCAAGUCAGCAUGGAUUUGCUCCAGGCAAUGAAGGCUCGUAGGUUUAUUGAAUGAAUAUACAUAUUUGAGAUCAUCAGCAUAAAUAAACGAUUGAGAAUAUUUAACUGCCGCCGAGAUAUCAUUCAUGUUCAUGUUUUGAUGUGAGGUUUAUGUAUGCAUUUGAGAUACCAGGUAAACGGAGUCCCCAAUCCAAACUGGUGUUCUCCAAGGGUCUCCGCCAAAGUCAUUACUUCCUUCUCAUUUUCGAUAGAUAUAUAUUUUGAAGGUACUAGGCAAGGUUUAUUAAACCUUUAUUUUUACAAAUGCAUAUAACCCUGGAAAAAAUAAAAUGAGCUACCACACAAAAAUUGUUGGUUGUGGCCAAGUCACACCGCAGGAGGCGGAUGCGGACAUCUUCCUUGUCCCUGUUUCAAAGUGUGAAGGGGACGCAAGGGACGCAUAUGACCAUUCAAAUGCUUCUUCAAAAGCUGCAGCAAAAUCGACUUUGUAGCUACUUCAGAGAGAUAAUUCCACCGUUCAAUUACACGCUAUCGGAAAACACCAGACCGAAUACUGAAUUCGGACAUUUUCAUAAGCAGUUUCAUUGUGCGCCACAAAGGUGAAGAGCAAAUCAUCCCUAAAUCAUAUCAUCUAAACGCUGUCAUCGUUCGAUUUCAUGUACUGUCUCAUAAACUAGGGUAAGUUCAUCCCUCUGCUGCUUACGACAAAAGGAGAAAGGGUAAGACAAUUCAAUCUUUCUGGAUAAAAUUGAUGCUUUCGACCAUUUGCCAGCUUCCUUCCUUCCCAGGACUUGUUCUGUCGUUUCGGCGUCAAAGUCUCUGCAUAUCUUUGUUGCACUCUUAGCGAGGACGAACUAUGAAGCGCUUGGUUUAACCAGAACGACGUUUAUUUAAAACCACAAACAUCCUUCUGAUAUCGCGCAGUGCUCCGUUAGCACUUUUUGCAUCCUUAGUGCGUUGAGGCGAGAGUUCUACCUUGCCCUACAAAAAACGCCGAGAUUAUUCUGCGAAGGCGUUAAAUAUAUUUAAGUGCUCUGUAUUUUGGUUCGGUUUUGGCUGACUGAGGUUAGGUGAGUGACGACGAGCCUUUCUACAUUGAGUUAGAACCGAUAUCGUUCAAACCAAGUUUUCGGUCAUUGUUAAUUAUUCCAGAGAAAUAUUUAAUAAUCUGGGCCUUAAAUCGUUUGUAAAAGUAUCAGUUCCCCGGAAAACAUGAUUUUGUCACAGUCAAGCCUAGAAAGGCCGUAAUUAGUGUGCCAAAUAGAGGGUGAGAGAUUGUUAACAUGCAAACAGAGAAAACCUCGUUCUCAUAUUCACUCACCUUGGAUGAUCGCCUCCGAUACAUGUGCGCUUCCUUCAUCAGGCUAGGAAUAACUUUAUUCAGUUUACUACCUUUCUGCAAUGCCGAAAGUUGCCCAAUCUGUGAUGUUGACUUUGAUGUGGACAUUAUCGUAGACUUUACAAGUCAAGGUCUAUUACAAUUUCAUCAAAGUCCUUUUCUGUAGCCUUAGUCAAGGUUUCCAGGAAACAAAAUGUAGAGAGGCGAGAACGAUUGAACUGAAAACCAUGCUGAAAAUUCCCAAAUAUUUUGUUUCCGCCCGGGAACUGUGCUGCAGACGGCUUUUUAAGGAAACCCGUUGUCAUGAAAGAAGGGUAGAUGAAGCUAAUUAGUUAAUGUCUGUUUACAGCCAUUCGAUCGCUUCUUUUCGCCCAAAAGCAAACUCUGUUUGCAGAGAAAGCUCAAAGAGACUUGGAAGAGGAAUUUGGGUGGUUUUAGGGGAAUCUGCCUUCGUAUUCCGCCUUCUUGGGAAGGUUUUUUAGUUUUGUCAGAUUCACUGUCGGUCUUACAUCUCUGACAAAAGGAAAGCAUCUAAAUAAUGAUUUUGCUACGUUUUAUUUUAAAUUUUUGGUUGACUUAAGGGAGGGCUUUCGUGUUAGGCAGUGGCUGAAAGAACUGCGGCGAUAAUUAUACUUUCUGGAUCUUAGGAUUCACCUCUGCCGAUUAUAGUUUAGAGACACGGGGAUUUGUCCCUGUCCCCGUUUCUUCCUUCUAAUGUUCAUAUAAAACUUCCCGAGACACUCAGCGUCAGCUACCAAAUGGGACUCAGAAGGAGUUCAACAAUAAGUGUCAACUUGUGACACCCAGCAGGCCGUUUCCUGUAUUCAACGACUGGUGUUGAUUUUUUGAUUUCUAAGUAUAGUUUCCAAGAACAUUCCUGUUUUUAUGCUCUUCCUUAUUAUUUGCUUGUGAAGAGUACCUUAAGCCGACCGUCGACUAUUAGUAGAUGUCCCAAUAAUAUAUGCCUGGCUGAGAAAAAUGCUUCUAUCAGGGCAGAUCUUCAGGUAUCCAGAUGUACCGACCAAUAGAACCUCGUUAGUCGGGUUCUUCAUAAGUAAUCUAACGCCAAGGUAAGGAGUACGUUUGUGCACAGCAGCAAGCUGCAAAACAGUUCCGCGAGUCGAAGGCAUGUAAAACCCUGGAUUUCAAAACUAUGUAAUUCUAGCAUCAUUUAAUAAAUGCUAACCGACUUCCUUCAAGCCGCAUAAGAGAUUUUGUGUUAUUCGUGGGCUUAUUCAGAACAAAAUCAAGUAAAACUUUUACAUAUUCCGUGCAACAUCUGCCUAGUCGCAUCUAAAAUACUGCCUAGCAGCGUGGUCUGCAAAAUGUGGACGGGGGAUCCUCACGAAUGACAGAACUGAAAGCAUUCCUCCCCUAGAAAACAUCGUUCAGACCGAUUUUCAUCGGCUUGUUCGGUAGCAGAUUUAUUACAAGGCGUUAUUAAUCCAUGGACGACCUACAUGUAAUAGCAUUCGUAAUGCCCAUACGCCUGGACUUUAGGAGGUAGUUUAAUCGUAGCAGGCCAUCAGCCCGCGAAAUAGUCGACCAGUUGAUUUAUGGCGACACGAACAACACUUCUGAAAAAGUAAUUGAACAAGCUUUUAAACUUAUUGGGGUAAUAAGUUCGGAAACUGAGGAAAGAAUUAAGCGCAAGCAUAAUUUCGUACUGCGAAACAUUCCGAGCCAAUUAUCUGCUAUGGAAGGAGCGCAUGUGUUCCUACAAAGUUGUGGCUUCUGUUUCAGUGUCGCACAAGCUAAGCGACUUCGCUCGCUUAGCCGUAAUGCGCCGAUACCAGUUACCCUUUUCUCCAUGAUAGAAGUCGAUUUUAUCUUGUCGAGUAGGGAGAUAACUAGAGACUUCUGCCGUAAAUGGCGCUGCUCCGUUUCGUCAGACCUCACACCCCUGCAGCGAAAACUGAAUAAAUUAAAAUCGUCAAAAACCAGCCUCAAGAUAAUGACACCUACUGUCAGUCUGAAUAAGUCCUCUACAACACCAUCUGCGGCAUCUGCACAUCACGGCAUAGCCAAUUCCGUAGGGGAUUCGACUACUUUUAAUGCUGAGCUCUUUAAACACACCAUCACGCCUGGUAUAAACACGCCUCUAUCGACUCCCCCAGCAACCCCUCGUAAGCCUAAGCAUGUGUCUAAGUCAUAAGCAAAUCCAAUUGCUGUCUCAGCCACUCGGACACCCAAUAAAUCCAGCACCAUUGUAAAAUAUUUUCGUCCACAAUCGGCUAACAGUGCCUCAAAUACGCCGACUCAAAACGUAGCGGGUUCGCAACUGCCCCCCAGCCCUCAUAUUGAGGCAGUUAGGCCGAAUAUGCCGAUUUUUCCGCCGUUUAAUAAAACUCUUGCUCCAAUGGAAACAAUGUGUCCCCCACCCCCUAACUUGUUUCCUCCACGCCCGUUUUACCAAUUUAUUCCUCAUGAUAAUGUCCAUACUGAAUCAGUUAAUUCAUCCGAUCCUCAGUUUCGUUCCGGUGGGAAUACGUUGCAGUAUCUGCCCCGCGGAUUUCCAGCUGAAAAUAAGUUAGCUAACGAUGGUUACCAGUUCACCUGUCCGUCAUUCCCUCCCCCAAGUCCUACCCCUUUUUAUCCAUGUCAGAAGUUUUCAAUGCCACAAAAUUUUUUGCAAAACUGGAUGGUUGCAUCCGGACCAUUUGCUCCGUGGGCAGCCCAGAACUGGACGAUGUAGCCCACUUCCCUCAGAAACAAACAGCCUUUCCCUUCAAACUUUUUUGUUUUAAAUGCCAGAUCCUUGCUUAAUAAGAUGCCUUUGCUUCAGACUCUGGUGUUCGUGCAUUGUCCAGAUAUUGUUUUAGUAACUGAGAUGUAGGCAUCAGCCUCAGUAGCUGACUCCGAACUGUCGCUUCUAGGCUACAAACACUUACAUUUUUGCCGUUGGACCUCCCGCAUUUUUCCGCAGUAGAAGGCAGCUGCUGGCUCCAGAUUGCACCAAAAAAUAAGUUCUCCUUACUCGUUGGCUGCGUCUAUCGUCCUUCCAACGCCAACGGCCAUUUUGAUCGUUUACUCUCACAGGCAUUUCAUGCUGCGGCCGACUCAAGCUUUAAGUAUCAAUUGGUUGCGGGUGACUUUAACCUCCCCGAAGUCCGCUGGUCUCCGCCUUCAGGCCCAAGAAGGUUCGAAGACUUUCUUGAGGCUGUGGAUGUUGGGAUGUGGACUCAGGUUGUCGAUUUUUCCACCCGAGGAUCAAGCAUACUUGACCUAAUUUUCUGUAGAGGCUGCAUGCCAUCGUCGGUGUCAUCCCUAGGCCCACUCGGGGACUCAGACCAUGACAUAGUUGUUUCAACGUUGGAAUUCGAGGCUGACAAAACGUCGUCCCCAAAGUAUAGCUUUUUCCACAAUUUCCGAUCAACUCGCUCAACCGAAUUAUUAACACACCUUAAUUCCUACGACUGGACUGAUUUCUUCCUUAGUUCGGAGGUAAAUGUUUGCACUGCAAAUCUGUACGAAAUUUUGGAUCCCCUUUUUUCUCGUUUUGUCCCCCGUAAGAAAACUAUUAAUGUUGGGGAUGGGGUUUUCCUACCCUUACCGUUUCGUCGCAGAUUGCGCAGGCUUUAUCGUCGUUUCCAUCUUCAGAACGAUGUUUCUGUCCUGCCCUUGAUUCGUUAUAUUUUUGAUCGAGCUAAGAGAUUGUCUGAAGAAAAACAGCUAGCCGAGGAGAUCCAGUUUACGGAAAACCAUUCGUUAAGUGUUUCGAAACUUUUCUCUAGAAAAAUAUGAACUCACCGAAAGACGCAGCAUCCCAUCCGCCGAGACGCUCUCGGAAAUCCCAUAGUUGAUGCCCAGUUAACCGCUGAUAGCUUCAAUGAUUUCCUGUCCAAAACGUUCAUUGAAGACUCGACCACUCCGCUUCCGACCAUGCAGCCAUCGACUGGGGCAGUUCUAGAAACUAUAACUUUAACUCUGUGGGAUGUGACUGUUGCGAUUCGGCGUUUUCGUCAAUCUUAUAGUCCAGGCCCUGAUGGUGUCCCAGUAAACAUUUUAAAAGCCGAUGCAAACACGAUCUUCCCAUCCCUCUUAUGCAAGAUAUUUAAUCUUGCUCUUGAAACUGAAACCUAUCCUACCUUGUGGAAGGAAUCACACAUUCUGCCCAUUCCUAAGCACGGCAAAUCUACAUCAUUUGAUGACUUUCGGCCAAUAAACACCCUCCCCGCAGUUUCGAAGAUCUUAGAGACAUUGAUUAAAGAUAAACUUAUGUGUCACUUAACAGUGAAUAACCUGCUCAGUGCUGCUCAGCAUGGAUUUCUCAAAGCUCGAUCUUGUGACACCUGUCAGCUUUCUUUCUUUGACUAUGUUCUCCAAUCUAGGGACAAUGGUUUUGCACUUUGCAAUGUAUAUUUCGAUUUCACUAAGGCUUUUGAUCGUGUUGACCAUGCUCCUCUUCUCUUGAAACUGUCCUCUUUCGGAAUAGGUGGCAAACUUUUGAAGGUUGGAUGCCAGUGUCGCAACACUCCGAUUCGCCGCGAAUCGGAGUGUUGCGACACUGGUAUCCAACCAUUUAGGCUACCGGAAGGAAGGUUGUUGAAAAACCCGUUCGCCCGAGGCAACUAACAUAUAGUGGGAUUGUUCUACACCCUAUUUACCAUUACAGAACUUCCUGCGCUAAGAGGGCUAAUCAAUGAUAUAUAACCGAAAAUCCGUAAUGCGUUUUCGUUCCCACUAUACUACGCAGACAUGGGUGUAAAAUCACGUACCAUGAAGCACAAUGAUAAAGUAAUUCUGUUACCGUUGAAAUCUUGGCAUUCGAACGAACUUCCCUUCGAAUGCAUAGAAAAUAGACACUCGGUGAAAAUGCCUACUUUAAAAGCAAGAUUUCUCCUCAUUGAGUUUCAAUGCCCUUGCCAACUGAAUUAUAUCUCAUGGGAAACAUGCAUGAAAACAUUCAAUCCUAUCCUCAUUCGGUAAACAAUUACGUUUUUUAAUUUUAUACUUCAACGAGGGGUGUUACUCGCUUUUCGAAACAUUUUUCCGUUCCUGAAUGGUUUUGGACUUGACCUGCGCUUACACCUGCACUCGGUGCUUAGAGCCCACAAACCACAUACCUUUGAUGUACGAAAACCCAUAUGACCCUAUAGGGUAUAAAGAGGAGAUGAUAAGGGGUUCCCGAAAUUAACCAGUGGAUUUGAGUCAUAUUGUAAGCCUUCGAAGCAACAUUAGUAAAUGUACAGGCAUGAUAUUUUAUGAACGGGUAUUUCCCGAUAUGAAAGCGUCUCAUAAAUACAAACUUUCUAAAACCGAACUCUGCACUUCCUUCGAGUAUGACAUUGGAAGCACACGUAAUUUUAUACGGUCUGACUAGAAAAACGAAUACUUUCAAGCCUGUUUUUCCAUGCAAUACAGUUGACUUUUCGAGGCAUCGACCAGCAAUGAGAAAAUUUCAUGCUACUUCAUUAGUCAUAUUCUACAGAGUGCGGUUUUCGCAUGCGGCCGAAAAGAAGUUCGUUCGAAAGCCAGCAUCCCUAGGUUAUUGAUUUACCAUAAUAUCAUGCUGUAAGACAUUUAAUUUUACAACGCCAUUUAGGUAUUCCUCUUGGCAUUCAUUUCAGAAUUUUCGUUAACAUUUCACGUACUUUGUCUCCUGGGGUCUAAUACCCACUUUCGAAUUACUGUCAGCAUUCUAUGUUCUAGCACACUUGCUUCGCACUGCAGUUACUGUCAUCCCAGUUGUUCGAGGGAGUAAUCUCUUGGAGUCCAGAACCCUUGUCGGAAUUACUGUUAGCAUUCUAUGCUCUGGCCUAUUUACUUAACACUGUACCUACUGCGAUCACAGGAGGAGUUGUUCAAAGGAGUUUGUUCGCCUGACGUCUCGCAUUCACACUAGAACUCAUCGUAUGAGACGAUCGUAAACGCGUUGGAGUGACCGUCCGUCAUGUGAAGUCAAUAGGAAUUCUGGUUCCCCUGACUGUUGCUAACGCAUUCAAUAGCUAAUUUUUCUCACGCGCACCUUUAUACAUGCAAAGCAAAUUUCCCCGAAAUAACAACCCACGGUCUACGAACAUCGGCAGGCUUGUGCUGUAUGCCGAGAGUGGUACGCGACAUAGUAGGAAGAAAUUUCGUAAUAUUCACAAAUUACACAUUCCCUUGCGAUAUGUUGCAACUCCGAUUUCAUAUCAGAAACAUAUCAUGUCAGAUAGAUCGUAAAAGUAGUUUGUUACCUUCCGUCAGCUCUGUUGGUACCUACAGUAGUACGCCAUACCGGUCCAGUGUGGACAAGUAAUUUUCCCAUAUGCGUAUAUGUCCAGCAAUGCUAUUCCAUUAAAACGCACAGCAGCCAUGUCAUCAGCAGGGUUUUCUUUAACUGACCUAACUUACCCUUAUUACUUCCCUUCCAGUGCAUACUUCCCCAUCCAGUUCCCGUCAAAAUUCGAUGGAAACUUCAUUAACCUUCCUUUUUCGCCUUUCGAAUUCGGUUUCGAAUUUUCGACCUCCGAGGGAUUUGCCUUUUCCGGGAUUUCUGCCUAUUGGACGCUUCGCGGGCCCAUUUGGAUUAAGAAAUUGAAGCUUAAUCAGCAAUUCCUCGAACGAUCCACACGGAACUCCGACAGAACUUUCUUUGGAACGACCAUUCUCCUUCGUAUCAAUUCUCUGCCAACGGCACCGCGGGACUCUCCUGAUCCAAGAGGGGCUGAGUCGUUUGCUAUUUGCUUCAUAUUGUUGGCUUGGUUAAAAAGCUUCUCCAACACCUUCAAAUACUUCGUCCCGUACCUAGAAUACCUUGCAUAUCCUUUGAAUUAAUAAUGGGAGUCGACAAAACACCAUCAGGACAAUGUGCAAAAGACUCGCCCAAGUGGGAUUCGAACCCAGGUCCCGUCGUGGGGUGAGCAGCGUGAUCACCACUACACUAUCGGCGCACGGUGGACGGACUGAAAUAAAUAAAGUAGUAAACAUUAUUCGUAGUACAAAUGGCUGCAACUCUGCAUAUAUCGCUGUCAAGUCACCUCCCGCUAAACGAGCAAGGAGUCUAGUAAGCUGUAUGGAUAUUAAAUACGAAGACGAAGCCUGUACGACAUGUUUCGGACUCCUUCAAAAAUUUGCGGAAAUGGAGAAGGAGAUAAAGGGCCUUAAAGUGGAGAUGGAGAAGCUGAGGAAUCUCCCUCGCUAUUCAUCUAAAGAGAAUGAAAGCGAGCGAACAUACGCAAACACGGCUUCCUCGGCUGUGUCGACGGAGGAGAAAGAAAAUAGUAGGUCGCUAGAGCUUGAUAGGAAUGACACCCAGUGUCUUGUGCGAAAAAAGCGCGGUCAGACGCGAUCUCAGCGAACACAAAGAAAUCGCAGGGUACCUCGAAAAGGCACAGAGAGUCAGACGAGGGAACAAGAGUUGGCUAAGCCGCAGACGAAAAUCGCGCCGCUGAAAACGAAAAAUGAUCAAAAUAUCGUAGUAAACAGGCAGUCAUGCGUUAGUCCUGCUGAAUCAAACCUUCCUAAAUCGGUGGAAGGUUGUAACCGGGAUGCACGCGAUGAAGACACUGCAGGUAUGAUUAAACCACAAGGCCGUCUAGUUGAUCGCAGUAAAUGCAUCGUUAUAAAGGGCAUGCCUGAGUCUGUUUCCGACACUCCAAAGGACAGAAUACAGCAUGACAUAGAAAUAUUCCAGGAAUAUCUCAAAUCGAUCUUAGAAGGAGACGAAAAAGUCACAAAAUUAAAGGCUUUCAGGAUGGGUAAAAUUAAAGACUCAAAGCAAGAUCCAGACCGACCGAGACCGUUAAAAAUUGUCUUUGAGAAUGACGAACAAGCGCAGCUACUUUUGAGCAGGAUAGCUGCGCUUAAACAUGCCCAUCCAUCAGUUUUUUUUCAGCGGGACUUUUCACCCGCGGAGCGAGAAAAAUGGAGGGGGCUCAAAUUGGAAGUCCUCAGGCGGUCGAGUCUGGGCGAGACAAAUCUCAGAAUAGUGGACGGAAAAAUUAUACGCGCCCAGAGGCCAUUCCUCUGGAGAAAGCCCAUAACUCUAACAGCUUAGGAGUGAUGGAAAGCAGUUCAUCCCGCUCAGCUCCGACCGGCUUCUGCAUUCAAUCCCAAGAAAUGGAUAAACGCCAGUAUGCCGGUGUUGAUCGUGCCAAAUUGAGAUUUUUGUAUACCAAUGCUCAAAGUCUCGUUUCGAAAAUCGACGAACUCAAAGCGAUAGUACCGGAACGAAUCCCCGAUGUCAUCGCCAUAACGGAAACUUGGCUUAAUGCCGAAAUCUUGGAUGCUGAGAUUUCGAUACCGGGUUACCAGCUGUUUCGUAGAGACCGCCAAAAUAGGCAGGGCGGAGGGGUAGUCGUAUAUGUGAGGGAAGGAAUUUCAGCAGUUGAAAGAUCCCACACCCUCUCCCUUGAAUAUGAAUCCGUCUGGAUAAAGAUAAAGAAGAGCAAUGCACAAAAUCUAGAAUUUCUGGCGAUUUACAGACCACCAAACCUUCUGAGUGCAGUUGAUGAGUCGCUUCUUGGUUUAGUCAAAGACGUAGCUAGCCACCGAGAGGUACUUAUUGCUGGGGAUUUCAACGCACCUGCAAUAGAGUGGGAAACUAUGGCAGUUAACGGCGGACCAGGCUCUUUCAGCAGUAAGCUACUGGACCUCACACUCAAUCUCCCUCUGGCGCAACAUGUGAAGGUACCAACAAGAUUUCGAGAGAACCAGAGAGUGAAUUGUCUAGACCUAGUUUUCACUAAAGACUUCUCUAAUAUCGACGAAGUAUAUUCGAAUGCACCUCUCGGGAAAAGUGACCAUACUACGCUACUAUGGGAUUACUCGCUCUUCUCUAAACGCCAGAAGAGAACAGAGGGCCAACCUAAUAUAUGGAAGGCAGAUUUUAAUAUGAUGAAGAACGACUUGCUGUCCGUGAAUUGGGACCAAAUACUCAGGGGAGAUCCGGAGGACGACUGGAGAUCUUUUAAGACGAUUUCACUCGAUCUGUUUAGGCGCUGUUGUCCACCUAAAGUACAAAAAACAACUUGUCGACCUCCUUGGUUAACUAGGGACCUAAAUAGGCAGCUACUGAAGAAAAGCAAAAGAUGGAAAAUAUUCAGGGAAACUGCGUCACCAGCGCAUUUCGAAGAAGUUCGUCGUCAACGAAAUGCCGUCAAAAAAUGUAUCCGUCAGGCACGGAAGGAGUAUGAAUCCAAAAUUAUCCGACAGGCUGAACAGAAACCUAAGAUUUUAUUUCACUAUCUUAACAGUCGACUGAAAGAUAAGGACCCGGUCGCGGUGCUGAAGGAUGAUAAUGGUGUAGAGAUCAUUGAGAACACCGAGAAAGCCGAAAACUUAGGACAGUAUUUUGCCUCGGUUUUUACUAGGGAAACAGAGUUUCGCAGUCGCAGUGCUAGCAGUGCUGUUGAGACUGCUGAUCGCGUGCUUGACUCCAUACUCUUCCCGACAGCUGUCGUGGAAAGGGAGCUGAAAAAUCUCAAGGAAGCAAAGUCCUCGGGUCCGGACAAUAUACCAGCCAAAUUCUUGAAGGAACUGGCGAAUGAACUCUCCAAACCACUGGCGCACAUCUUCCGCUCGUCAUUCGAAUUAGGGAGGCUGCCAUCGGAAUGGAAGACAGCAAAUAUCUUUCCGAUAUACAAGGGCGGGGCUCGCACUAAUGCUAACAAUUACCGGCCUGUUAGUCUAACCUGCAUCUGCUGUAAAAUAAUGGAGGCCAUAGUUAAGAAAGCAACAAUGGAGUUCCUGGAGCAGGGCCAUUUACUCUCAGACCUGCAGCACGGCUUCAGACAGAACCGCUCGUGCCUUUCCAGUUUAUUGCUCUCGACGGAGCAGUGGACUCGCGCACUGGACGAGGAUGGUAGGUUCGAUGUCAUUUACACAGACUUUAAGAAAGCGUUCGACAGCGUCCCACACAAACGCCUAAUCUACAAACUGUCUGAAAUUGGGAUAAGAGGAAGGCUGCUGACAUGGAUAACAGAUUUUCUUACCGGGAGAUCGCAAACCGUGUGCGUUGAGACCUCAAGGUCAACUCCUACCCCCGUUCUAAGUGGUGUACCCCAGGGCUCCGUCUUAGGGCCGUUGCUAUUCCUGGUUUACAUUAACGACUGCGUCGACGACCUGGGAUGCAGCGCCAUCAUGUUUGCUGACGAUGAUAAGCUGUGGAGACCCAUCAGAUCUGACGAAGACAGGUACGCGCUUCAAGACAGUCUCAACCGCCUGAACAGUUGUUCAGCUCGUUGGCUCCUUAAUUUUAAUGUGGACAAAUGUGUGGUCCUGAGACUCCGCACCAGACGGACCAGUAAGGAGGACGAUUCCUUUCAAUACGUCCUUGGUGGGCAGCCCCUUUCAAAUGUUGUGGAACAGAAAGACCUGGGCGUCCUAAUGACCUCCUCGCUGAAACCAUCAUCACAGUGUCAAAGGGCAGCCAAAAGUGCGAUAAGGGUGUUAUUUGCGCUGAGGCGAGGAUUUGUGCAGAUCGACAAGAAGCUGUUCGGAAAAACCUAUGGGGCAUUCGUCCGGUCUCACUUAGAGUAUGCAGUCCAGGCCUGGCGACCGUGGUUGAAGAAAGAUUAUCAACGACUGGAAAGAUUACAGGCAAUGGUUACGAAGAUGGUCAAGAAUCUUCAUCAUUUGCCUUACGAAACCAGGCUGACCGAACUAAAUCUGUUUCCUCUAAAUUACAGGCAACUGCGCGGCGAUCUCAUUCAAACCUACAGGAUUGUCAGAAGCCGUGAGUGUGCCCUAGAUUUUGAUGAAUUCUUUGAAUUGGCCCGGACUGACCGUCUGCGUGGUCAUCCCUUCAAACUGCAAAGGAAGCGGGCUCAUUCGGACGUCCGACGGAACGCCUUCUCUCACAGGGUCAUCGGGGCAUGGAAUGAACUCCCUGAUGCCGUCGUUCUUUCCGAAAGUGUCAAAUCCUUUAAGUGCAGACUAGACGCUCAUUUGUUGAGAACCUACUGUACAUAUAAUAAUGAUUGUUUUAGCGGCGGCAGUUUGCGCCUAGCUCACACUUACCGCUAAUUUUUUAACUUUUCGCAUUUGCUGAUGUAAUUGAUGACUUGAUUUCUGUUUAUCGAUAUGAAUAGAGAGCUCAAGGGCGAAAGCCUCAUUCCCUUAAUAAACUGACUUAAACCAGUGUGUUGGUCGGUUCAGAGAGCGUGUGAUCAUCUUUUUAAAAUGCCCACAUUAUGCAGUCUCCGCUAACCCUCACCUAGGCUUAAAUAAGCCGCCCACUACGGCAGAUGAAAUACUACCUUCCCCUCAAAGCCAAACCAAUUUUAGUGAACUUGUCUUACCCAAUCUGCUGUUUUGCAUUCUUGCUCGACCUACUGCCAUCGAAGCCGUAGGCGUCCUGUGUACGGCACUAUCGCGUCCUUCGACCAUGACCAUUAUCGCGUAUCUGAUAUUUCCCAACUAUUGCCUUUCUCAGAAGAAUCGGCACAACCUCAAUCAUGAAUUCCCUCCCGCAGUGCGCGCACAACACGCGCACUCGCGCCAGCCCAUUGGUCAGCCCGCAGGCCAAUACGGCUUCCGCUCUAACCCGGCCAAUAGCGUUAACGCAUGAGGUCCUAAAUCCCCUUCGGCCUUCUCAUAGGCUGCUUUCUCACCCUGAAGGUCAUUUAUGAGGUUCUUUUGAUGCGUUUAAACAAAUUUUCGCGGAUAUGCAAUUUUUUAAUUAUCGCGCACUAUAUUCCUUGCUGUUUGGCACGUUUUAGACGCCCCACCCGUACAACCCCUCCUACCACCAUUCCCGUAAGACAGGUAGACGGGGGAAAAGUUUUCUUCAGUGUUGCGACACUGUAUUACCGCCACCGAUUUCAACGCAAUAUUCAUCUACUUUUCGGGAUGGUGCCGAUAGAUAUCACUUCUACGUUAAGAUGAUAAAUCCUGUCAGUGACGAGGAAACGCACGUGAAAUGCAGCUCAAUGAACUACUACUCCUACAGACUUAUGAUUCGACAGAGUGUAAGCAAUCCCCCCUUUUGAAAUGCCGUCAAUUGCUUCAUCACUACAUUGUGGAUAUGUAUGCAAAAAACGAAACAGAAUGUCUGCUUUUCAUUCGCUUGAAUCAGACCAAGCUGCGCUCUGAAGGAUAUAUUCAUUUGCAUGAUGCAGUUGUAAACGAUGGUAAUAGAGAUAACGUUGUAAGACUGACGAUUUUUUCAUCCACAUAUACAGACAGUUCACGUCAUAUGUUCGAGUACGCUCGAGGUGCAAUUGCUUACGUUUGUCAGUACGGACGUCCAGACCUACUUAUUACAUUCACAUGCAAUCCAGCUUGGGGGGAUAUUUAUCAGUUUUUACUUUCUGGGCUAUCGCCGGUGAAUAGGUAUGACAUAACAGCACGUGUUUUCAGGAAGAAAGUGCAAUCGCUGGUGAACUUCAUGGUGAAACACGAGGUGGUUGGGUCUGUGCGCCGCUGGAUGAAUUAGCUGGAACAGCAAAAGAGGGGACUGUCCCAUGCACAUGUAUUGAUCUGGCUCUAUAACAAGAUCACUUUCAACGAAAUCGACGAUGCCAUAUGCGCUGAAUUACCUGAAUUACCGACGCAGAAAUGCAAACUUAUUGCUUGGGAUGAAUGCACAGUGGCGCAAAAAAGGGUUCGAGACCCUUGACCGAACACUGCAGGACUUGCGAGGAAACAGCAGACCAUUUCCGAUGCACUGCUACUGCUUGCAGGAGACUUCAGACACACACUGCCUGUAAUUCCUCGAUCCAAACCAGUGGGCAAAAUAAAUGCCCACCGUCACCACUUACUCCAGAAUUCUCGAGCGCGACUGGGUGCAGCAAACAACUGCUCUGCCUUCGACGGCGGUUGGAAGGACAAUCCUGGGUUACGCACGCAAUACAUACCGCUACCCGGUGGCCUUACAUUUUUCUCAGUUGGGAACGUGCCCCUUCCUCUUUCCCUUAUUUCCCAAUGCAUCAUAUUGAGCCACGGCAACGCGUGGCGGGGUCCAGCUAGUUUGUAAUAAGAAUGAUUAGUAAAUGUAGUUGGGAAGGCAGUGAGAAUAGAUUAGGCUAUUGGAAUGGAAAAGGGUAUUAUGGGUAUAAGUAACGACUAUAGAACUCCAACUCUGACAUGCAUAAAGUUUUAGCUAAAAAUGGUGACAACGCAUGUAGUCCUGCAAAAAGUUAGCACCGAAAGGCACAGAUUGUAACUUAUGUCCCUCAGCCAAGGAACCGCCAACACGAUAGGUAAGGCGUAGGAAAAAAUACCCUGCCACGUUUAGCAACGCAUGCGAACGGUAAUGCGGCAGAAGCCACGACCAAUACAUGAGGUAAGGUUCUGCUACUGCCACCGCAAUUACUAUUAUUUGUAUAUAAGUACGACUGCGACGGGAUACGAAGAGUAUUAAGGUUGCGUCUCCUGAAACUGGUAUAUCUAAUUUCACCAAAAAUAGGAAGGCUAUUAGUAGUAUUGAACGCACUAGUAACAUGGACGGUGUUGUCAAUGAUAAUAACGGUAAGCGAUUAAGAAAGAAGUCUACCUGUAUGUACACUGUUGCAAUCUACGAAAUUUAAUCAUGACUACCGCAACUGUUACAAAUAGUGGCAUUUCUAUUGCCGCUAAUGUUUCCAACGAUGUUGAUACUACUAUUACUGCAAGUAAUAAUAGGGGUACUACACGAAUGAUAGUACUACUAAAAUGUACUGUGCUAGUGACGGCAAUUAUAGUGCGGAGGAUCUGAAAGCAACCAUAAGGAAAAAUGCACUGCUGUUGUUAUCCGCAGAGAUGAUUUCACACAUAAGCAUAGUACAGCUAAUAAAAAAUUCAUACGACUAGUAUUAGCGACAAAACAAGUACUAAUGCGAAUGAGACUGCCGUUGGGGAAAUUACUUCGGAGACUACUACUAAGAUAUGAGAACAAGUGGUAACUAUCAACAGUAAUACUUCUAUUAGAAAUUUGGCAACUGGAUCUAAUGGCACGGUAAUAAAUAGUGGUAUUGUCGACGGUGAUAAUAUUCUACUACUAGUACCAAUUUCGCCAACACAUUGAAUACUUGCGGUAUUCCAUUUUACAGGCGCAGGCAACUGUAAACGGGAUUGGGAGUCAAUAGAAGCCAAGAGACGAGUCCCAGGAAGCAGUAUUGAAGAAGAAGAAGAAGAAGAAGACACGAUUGCCGAGACAAGAGCUUUAUUAGCAUGAGGUUUCAGAUUCCUAAUCAAAUCCAUCAUCAGAGACAUAAGCAGAUAAGGGUGGUUUAUGCGCAUGCGGCUGCAGUAUGUAUAGGAUGGAGUAGGCAUGCUACCGCAUACCGAUGAAUAUUCACGGCUCCCUCCCCUCGCACGAACACCAAAGUUUGGCGAGCGCUUCCAUAUGUCGAGAACUUUUCGGAAGCUGUUGGCCGCCAUCUCGCACCACUUGGGGUUGGAGUUGCACACAGGCCGGAGGCAACCAUCAGGCGUCAGUUGAUGAAACCAAAAGACCCACUGCCACGGCUAGAAACGUCUGGAGUCGUUUAUUGGACCUGGUGCAGUUGCAGACAAAGCAACUACGUCGGAGAAACCGGAAGACAACUCCAAACGCGAAUGGCCGAACACGCUGCAGCGGUGCGGAGAAAUGACGCCAGCUCUCAAGUUGCGGCUCAUUCGACGGGUUCCGGCCACACAUUCAAAUUUGACGAGCCGAAAUUCUCGCAAGAGGUGACAACAGCGUGAGCCGGGAGCUGUUUGGGUCAUGGUUCACUGGUCCGCAGUCUAUUAACAAGUGCAAUGAUCUUCCCAUUCAAUACACCGUGCGGAGACCUCGUCUAGGCGGAGUAAUUGGCCACGCGGGGAGCGCACUGGUGAACACUCUUCCCAAUACACGGGUCAGCGCGUCAGAUGGUCGAGCAAUCAUCACACCAACAGCCAACGCACGUGAUGAAAUUGCAGCAAUUAACGACGUCAAUGUCGGCCAUCACGCCACGUGCAAAGAUCCCUGAUGAAGGGGAGGAAGCCGUGAAUAUUCAUAGGUAUGCGGUAGCAUGGCUAGUGCAUUCUAUAAAUACUGUAGCCGCAUGUGCAUGAACCACGCUUAUCUGCUUAUGUCUCUGAUGAUGGAUUCGAGUAGGAAUCCGAAACGUCAGGCUAAUAAAGCUCUUGUCCCGGCGAUCGUGUCUUCUUCUUCGGGAUUGGGAGUGUUCGUACAGGCAGUAUAUACAAUGCGAAGUGCUGGUGAAAAAACCAUCACCUCGGACCCUACUGUUAAUGCUCAUACGAACACGAAAGCAGUUCUCGUAGACCGAACGGUAGCUGAAGUCAACCGAUACCAUUGACGUUAUGCGUUUCACAGCUUUUACUUCUUUGCGUCGCGCGGUGUUGCAGCAAAUACACAUCGUUCUUGUUCGCCGGUUAAUGACAUUCGGAAAGUGUGCUAGCUAGGAAAUGUUAAUUGAAAUUUCGAAAUGCGUUUUAGUUUCACGAAGGUUUACGUAAGUUUGGCAUUAGAAUUAGCCUUCACACAAAGGAAUUCUACAACAGAUCAGUUACCGAGGGAUGCGGACUUUGAAUGAACUCCCUUUCAACCGCAUGCGAAUGCCGCACUCUGUAAAAAAUGACUACGGAAGUAGCAUGAAAUUUUCUCAUUGCUGGUCGAUGCCUUGAAAACUCAACUGUAUUGCAUGGAAAAGCAGGCGUGAAAGUAUUCAUUUUUCUACUAGCCCGUAUAAAAUUACGUCUUCUUCCAAUGUCCUACUGGAAAGAAGGACAGAGUUCGGUUUUGAAAAAUUUGUAAUUAUAAGGCGCUUUUAUAUCGGGAAAUACCCGUUCAUAGAAUAUCAUGCCUGUGCAUUUACUAAUGACUGGCUGACGACGGUUAAUAAGCCAGAAAUGGCCAUUCCAGUCUGCCUGGUCUUUGUCGGUAAUGCCAUUGUGCCUAUACAUGCGCCGCUGUUCGGCUGCUGGAUGGGCUCGAGAGAGAGCCCGUAAGGCACAACGGAACGAGUGAGUUCCGUAUGAACGAUCGGUGAGUGCCACGUACCAUUGUAUAUUCCCGAUCGAAAACCGACUGGGCAACGGGUUCGGGACCCAGUGGUUAGAGGCGUGGACUUCUAACUAAGAGGUCGCGAGUUCGAGCCUCAGGUGUUCCGCACUUCGAGAUUGGGUAUGAGUGGCUAACGACGGCUAAUAAGCCAGAAAUGGCCAUUCCAGUCUCCCUUGUCUUUGUCGGUAACGCCAUUCUGCCUAUAUCAUGCGCCGCUGUGCGGCUGCUGGUUGGGCUCAAGGGAGAGCCCGUAAGGCACAACGGAGCUAGUGAGUUACGUAUGAAAGAUCGGUGUGCGCCACCCACCAAGGUUUACAAUAGGACUCAAAUCCACUGGUUAAUUUCAGGAACCCCUUAUCAUCUCCUCAUUAUACCCCAGAGGGUUAUAUGGGUUUUCGUACAUCAAAGGUAUGUGGUUUUUGAGCUUUAAGCACCGAGAGCAAGUGUAAGCGCAGGUCAAGUCCAAAACCAUUCAGGAACGGAAAAAAGUUUCGAAAAGCGAGUAACACCCCUCGUUGGAGUAUAAAAUUAAAAAACGUAAUUGUUUACUGGAUGAGGAUAGGAAGGAAUGUUUUCAUACAUGUUUCCCCUGAGAUAUAAUUCAGUUGGCAAGGGCAUUGAAACUCAAUGAGGAGAAAUCUUGCUUUUAAAGUAGGCAUUUUCACCGAUUGUCUAUUUUGUAUGCAUUCGAAGGGAAGUUCGUUCGAAUGUCAAGAUUCCAACGGUAACUGAAGUACUAUAUUAUUGUGCUUCAUGGUGCGUGAUUUUACAGCCAUGCCUGCGUAGUCUGUUGGAAAUGAAAACGCAUUACAGAUUUUCGGUUAACAUGUCAGACAUGAGCACAUCAAUUGUAUAUCUGAUUGGCAUUACUAAGAAUGGCACUGGUACCGUUAUCUGAUGAAUUGCUGAUAGCGGUACUAAUGAUUAAGACUAACAUUGUUAGUAGCAACGACAUAAGUAAGCAAAUAAUACGCAUACGUGAAUGACAUGUUAAAGUACUGGGCUAGAUCAGGCCUGCUGUUAGUAGUGGGGACGCAGAUGUUACUUCCACUGUUAAAAUGGCUGCAUCAAAAGGGCCUACGCAAGCGCUGCGGUUGUUAGACAAAUCAAUCUUCUCCAAGUACUACUGCUUCUCCAAAACGGACUAUGCUAGUCCCCACACGAAAGCAUAUGUUUGCUGCAUAAACCAGGGAAAAGAUAGGGUUUAUGUACCUGACUAACAAUCGAGGUACUGCGGCAAGAGACUAGACUACAUAUGAUGAAGCAAUCCCUCCGUCACCAAUUUUCGUAUAGGAAGGCACUACCGAUAGUACGAGCGCAAUUGGUUUAAGAUAGGAAACUGCAGAUCCUGCUGCUGAUGUUGCUAUCCCAACGCAAGUACGAUGUAGACUCUGGGGACUGCCAAGUCUACCAUUGCAAGUGCGCAGUAAGUAGCUUGUAUGCCGAAGUUUACGUCAACUCAUCAUUCUGUUAAAUGUUGAUGGCGUUGUGUAAUCCCUACUACUGCUACGAAAACGGCUACUUUCGUGAAUACUCAUUUGCAAAUAUCAGGAACAGUUAAUCAAGAUCUGGAAAAAUAACGCACACUGUCGAUACAACAGAUAAUAAUUUAAGUGGAUUAAAUCUAAAACAAUUAAUCAUAUGCUUCCUGUCAGUGCCUUUAUUGAUCACAGACAAACUUCUUAUCCGCGUAUUGGAGAGUAAGGUAACAUUCAUAAUGGAAAUGUUCAACUCAGAACCAAAAGUCAAGUCGCCCAUCUGUCUAUAGAAAGUUUGUCUAGGACAACCUGAUUAGUAUACGUCACGGACAUUUCCGCCUAGGUAAGGAGGUUGAGUCGGUCGAUGGCAUGUCCCUGUGAAUGCCUGCAGUGAACGCAAUAGAGUACGCACUGUCUACUAAUUGCGCGCAUGCAGAUAGCGGCGACCGCAACCCCCCGGGUCUUUGUUCUCCCAUUCGCAAAGUUUCUACAGUAACGUGUGCGAUGGCACCAAAAGGCCUAGGUAGGCGGGGUCUAAAAGGAGGCACCCACUCAAGGGUCUGCAUGCCUGGCCCAGCGUGACCUCCAAGUGUUCGUAAUGUUGUGACAGCUGUUUCGACAGCCUCACUCGGUGUCUUGUGCCUGCAGGCUUCCGUUCCCCCCCCCCCCUUCCGCCGACGGACCAGUCAUCAUGGUCACAGUUUUAUGCCAAACAAAACACUUGAGUUUUUGGACUGGCCUGAACUUAUGACUAUGUGAGGGCGGUGGUAGACGGCGCCACCUCAGCCGGCUUCAGUCAAGACAUGACCGCCGGCCCACUAUCGAUUCCGUUAACCUUCCCCCAGCUUAGCUUCCUUAGUGUAUGGGAAAUGUAGUCACGUACUCUGCGUGUGUUCAUUGUCAGAGUGACAUGAGGGGACGCAUGCAUGGACAAGCUUACACGGGCUGCAAGACAAGCUUACACGAGAUGCAAGAAGCCCCAGUAGGCAAUGAUGGGAUGGCGUUCGAGUCAUAGUUCGGUACAUCGGAAUUCUCCUUACACCUAAACGCACUUUGCACGCCGAGAAGUCUCUAACCGGCUCUCAAGGUGAACUGUCAAGCCAGCGUACGAUCUUCCCGAACGUGAACCCGGUAACUACAAAAUAAACUGAGCUGGGGUAUGUGUACUGCAAUUGACUAACAGAUGCCCUCCGUCGGCGCCUAACUGCUGUAGUAAAUUUGAAACCAAACUCAAGAAAUUCAUUCAAACCGCACACGCGCGGUAGAGAUGACAGAGCACCAAAAAGUGCAGUCGGUAGACAGUUCGAAUACGGCGAAGUAUAUCUUGGUGUUUGGAAAAAAGGUGUAGUUUUCGUGAAGAUAAUUCACUGACGCACUACAAUCGUCGUCAGUGUCAUAUGAGCGAAGCAAAAAUUAUUAACGUUAUUUAGUAGACCGCAUCUAUUCUUAAGCAGAAUACAGGAAACCUCAGCAGCAGAUCUGAAAACCGGUUUGUAACUAUCGAAAGUUUGGCACACGACUAGUUUAAAUUUCGUAGUGUGUUUGGUAUGGGAGCAAAGAGAAGGUGGUUAGUACAUUUUUUUAACCUUCAUAAGGAUAGUUUCAUGAAAGUGGAGCUUAAAUCGAUGGAGUCUGAAUACCAACAUUCAUUGGCUGUGUUUUGCUAUCAUUGUGACUUCUACUGAGGGACGUUGAAGAGAACUAUUACUUCGAAGACUAAUAAGGUACUGAAAAACCGUCUGGUAAUAGUACUACCGCCGAUGAGGCCGCCUAUACGAAAUCAUCUCCUAGCAGUGCAACCGUCAAUGUUUGUAUAAAUACGGUCGUCAGUAUUAGACUAUGGGAAAGGCCUCUGCAAGCUGAAUCUUAUUGACGGUCAAAACAUAAAUAUGCCUGGGGUUUUUAAGGAUCGGAAGGUAUAGUACUCCAAGAGUGCUAAUCUUUCGUAGCACUGCGCCCUGAUAGUCUGAAAAGCACGUAGAACGACCGGAUUUAUCCUCGCAAAAUUCAGAACCAGCGGUAUUAGAAUACGCCUUUAUGAAAUAUACGAUCGACCUGGCCUGGAAUAAUGGUCGUUUUUAUUUAUCCUUAUGCGUGAUGCUGAACGAAAGAAAAUUGAAUCCGACCAAUAUUUUUUUUACCAAUAGAGUUUAACCCCUGAAGGCCGACAUCUGCUUUACCAGGAACGUGGCCGGCUUACAAGACAUGGUCCUUUAUGGUUUCGUAGAUUACGAAAGGGGAUUAUUUUUACUAUGUAAAGUGUUAUAUAAUCGUACCGGUAACCCACUCACUACUUUAAGACAUGUUGUCGACACUCGAAGUGAUAGUCACCGCUAGGUUUCUUAUUUCGUCCCUUUCACGCACCACUAGAUAUUAGCGAUUCCUGUCUGUAAAUGCAGUUGCUGUCUGACAUUGACUGACCGCGGAAUGUGAAAACUGUGCAAAAUUACCCUUUAUCUAAGAAAAGAAUUACUCAUUUUUUACAUUCAGAAAGCCCUCAAAUUAUUGUUGCGGAAUCCACUGAUGGAGUAUGCCGUAGCGACGGCGUUUGUGCUCUCCGAUCUCUAUGGCCGGUCUGACCAGGGACAGUUUCUUUGGCCAACGGGGGUAGCUGUCCUUCAGCGCUUCUGUUUGAAUCGAUCCCAGUUUCGUAAAAAGAAAUGGCAACUGAUAAUAUCCGAUACAGUGCUGCCCCUCCCUUCCUUGACUGUCGACAUGUUACUGUCAGAAGGUUUUUUCCUAGUGAACCAUCUAAACUCUAAAAACUACCAUUAACCGAAUUUUUAUCCCCUUUUUGAUGUGAGUUUGUGUUAACUGUUGGCCGGAUUUAUAUCUAACGCUUCCCUGGCGGUGCUUGUAAACUGCCAUUGAAUACAAUUAGCAUUAUUAUGGGUAAUGUCUCUGCCAGUAAUAUAAUUGUUAGUAGAACGACAGCAAUAUCGUUUGGGAUACAGCCAGUGCAAGCAGCAGAGCAGUCCCUUUAUGAAAUACGGCAGUCGACAAAAACGGUGAAUAUUACCUCUGCAGUAACUGCUGGUAGGAAAUUUACUAGUACGGUCGGGUUUGCUAUUGCUACAGAAAAGUGGUGUUAGCUGUCAUGCAAGCCAAUACGACUAAUGUAAUAUGAAUAUGAACACUCUUUCGGAUGCUAAGUUUUCAAAUGCAUAAGAUAACUGCCAAUAAUAGACGUAGUACCGGUACAACUACGGCAACCGGUUUCUCAGGGCGCUGUGUCUAGUAUUAAGAAAAGUAGACUAACUCAUGAAAUCUCAACGAAAACUCCUAAAUGCGUUUUCGUUUCGAAUAGAGUAAUUAAGGAAGGUUGUGAAACAAAUCGUUUUGACGCGUUAUUGCGUAAUGAGUCAGUUAGCUGCGGAUACCGGCAUUCAAACGAACUUCUUUCCGGCUGCAUACGAAAACUAUACUUGGGAAAAACUGACUAAUUAAGAAGCAGGCAAUUUUCUCAUGGAUUCUAGAUGCCCUUAGAAAUCUGUUAUAUGUCAUGGAAAACAUGCAUAGGAGUGGCGAUCGUCUUGCUCAUUCUAUGAAGAAUGACGUGUUCUUCGAAUGUCAUAGUCGAAGGAAGGGUAUAAUUCGGUUUUAAAAAAGUUUGUAGUAGCAAGAUUUUUAAAAGCGUGAAAUGGCCGUUUAUUGGACGUCAAAUCUUUGUAUGUAGGGAGAGGUCUUCUAAUGUUAACGAUAUGGCUCAAGUUCACUGCUGAAUUUUAUGAAUCCCAUGUUGUCUACUUUUAAUACCGAAGACAAAUAUAUGGCUUCCCGCACGCGGGAUUGUAUACAGCUUGUAGUUUGGAAACUCUGAUUACGAGUGUAACGGUAGGCGGGAAUCAAUGCUAUUCGUGGAACUGGAAAAGUAUUUUAACACCGAAGCAUACUCUUCCUUCGAGUACGAAAUUGGAAAAAGACGUCAGUUUCUAUCGAGUGAGCAGGAGAAUGCAUAUGGUUUAUGCAAGUUUUGUAGGAAAUGUAAGCGAAUUUCUAAGGGCAUCGAGAAUCACUGAAAAAAUGUAUGCUUUGUAAGUAAGCAUUAUUCUAAGAAAUAUAUUUUUAUAUACUUUAUAUUAUAUAUAUUUACGCAUAUUAUUUUUAUUGAGGUUUUUUUUCUCCUGUAAAUUAAUCCAACCAUUUUUAAAUUUUUUGUAUGGAGUUUUUUUUCACCCCUCGCUAGUCAUUUUUCUCAAUGGACUACUAAUUCAGAAACGAUGAUUUGCAUUUUGUAAAGAUUCUGUCUACCUCGUCUAAAAUGCGCAUGUAAAUUUAUUUUUACUUGCUUUGAUGAGACCCCGACGGGUCUUUAAUAAAAAAUGAUUAUUAUUAUAUACAACGGGAAAGACGUUCGUCCGAAAGCAGGCAUCCUCAGGUAACUGAAUUACUAUGGAAUUAUUCUGCAUGAUGAUUAAUUUUAUAACCCUACCUAAUGAAUGGUUCCGAAGGGAAAACAUAUUCUGGAAUGUCGGCGGACACUUCGUAAGUUAGCUCACCUUCGGUAAAUCGGGCGUUAAGCCUACUAUUACAGGUAGUACGACGACUACCGUCAGUGAAGCAAGAACUGUUUCAGAUGUUAUGAGAUGUGUCUCUCUCAGGAAAAGUAAGGAAGGUGAAUGGACCUACCCCUAUUGAAUUACAUGGAACUACACUAAUACAAGGAGGGAAAUACGCAAUUAGUAUCUGGAGGGUACCUAAGCCCAGACGGCUAAGUGGACUCUUGCAUCUAAUUCUGCCGUACGUAAUUGUGUUACCUCCACCUAUGGAAGAACUGCAAUCCCUAUGUCUACUUCUUUUUAUAUAAAACCUGCAUCUAUCACUAAUGCUAGGAGAACGUCGACGGGUACAGAAUCUGCUUCAAUGACUGGUGCUUAUGCUUCCGCCUCUAGUACAACCGCUACUAUGAAGGCCAUGAGUAUCAAUACUACUACUACUACUACUACUACUACUACUACUACUACUACUACUACUACUACUACUACUACUACUACUACUACCACUACUACUACUACCACUACUACUACUACUACUACUACUACUACUAA